AAAAAAAAAAAGUAACAACAGAAGACGAAGUUGUAUUUUCGAAAUUCCAAAUUGAAUUUUAAUUUUAAUUUGGGUUGGAGUGCAGUUACUCUGUGUAGUUAUAGCUUCCCUUCCGAAUUCCAAUCCAUUCGAUUCCGUGGAGAGCUUGCGAUGGAACCUUCCACUUCUUCCUACAAGAUUAUACUAGGUUCAUCCUCAGUCGCGCGCCGCAAGAUAUUAUCCGAAAUGGGAUACCAAUUCACACUAAUGACUGCAGAUAUUGAUGAAAAGAGCAUCCGGAAGGAAUCUCCGGAAGAGUUAGUUAUGGCUCUCGCCGAAGCCAAGGCCAAUGCCAUUAUAUCCAAACUUCAAACUACCAGUAAUCAAGAGGGGGUUGAUGAACCAACUAUUUUAAUUGCGGCAGACACAGCAGAAGCCAUCUUACAAAGGCUCCCUGUUGAUGACUACUUAAAGGAUGCUGAGCCAACGUUAUUAAUUACCUGUGACCAAGUGGUGGUGUAUGAAGGUGUGAUUAGGGAAAAGCCAGCUGGCAAAGAAGAAGCUCGACAAUUCUUGAAAGAUUAUUCUGGAGGGCGUGCUGCCACAGUGAGUUCUGUACUAGUUACUAACCUCAAAACAGGAUUGAGAAAGGGAGAAUCAGAUCGUGUGGAGAUAAAUUUCAAUGAAAUACCUGAAGAAAUCAUUGAGAAGCUGGUUGAUGAGGGAGUUACUCUCAAUGUUGCCGGGGGCCUGCUAAUAGAGCACCCUUUAAUACUGCCGUUUGUCAAAGAAGUGGUAGGGACAACGGACAGUGUGAUGGGACUCCCCAAAAGUCUGACUGAGAAACUGUUGAAGGAGGCCCUGUAGCUUGAGCUACCGUUCCACCUUGUGUGACUGUUAAGUAAUGGCUUAAUUUGUGAACCUUGGCCUUUCUUGUCAACAUUUCCUAAACUCAGUGCUGUCUUUUCUGGUCAUAGUUAUGGUUAGGCUGGGUUGUACUGUGUGUGGCAGUUAUGUCUGAACUUUAUUGGGUAUUCUGAUCAAAGUUAAUCAAUUGGCCCAUGUUUUAUUGGUAGCAUAAUGCUGUAUUGCGACUAUUCAUUGGUUUAGCAUGUUGACAUCUGCAGUCAUGUGAAUUGAUUUUAUUCGGAUUCAGAUACAUAGUCAGUCCGGGUGGUUGGAAAUACUUGCAUACUGAAAUUAAGGAUGACAUCGAAAAUAUUGUAGUA